UUCUAUGGCGAUACGAAUCGACAACAACCGGAUCCGUGGACAACAACUGUCAUUCUGUCACUUCUGUCAGUGGUGAUUCGUGAUUUGUAAUUUUUUUCUCUUGGCUUUUCAUACGCAAAGUUGUGCUUCAUUUAUUGGGCAAAGGAAAAAAGAAUGUAAAAUCGGAAUUUUCAACAAAAAGAAUUGAAAAUGACUACGAAACUAGUUUUUCGUAGCGGCUUAACCAAAACCGAUCCGCAUCAGAACCCCGUUGUGAUCAUUGGCCAAGUAAAGCACUUAAGCCAGUUGAAGUUUGAAGAUAUUAAAAACAAGCUAGAACCUAGAGUGACUGAAGAUGUUUUCAAGGUUGCGGUUUCCAGCCUUCACCCGUCACCUACCGACAGCUGUUCGCUGUAUCUGAAUUUGGCAACGAUGGCUGCGUUACCUGUGAAAUGCAGCCGGCAUAAUACUCCUUCUCGGGCACAUGCAGUUACUCGAUUAGUACAAAGCUGCACUAUUGGUGUCGACGAGAGCAUUGUCAUGAUUUGCGAACGAAGCGACGUGUACGCCAGCGCCUGUGCCAUUGCUAGAGCAUUUCCUUUAUACAGCAAAAAGACGGGCUCCAGCAGCAGCGACAACUCCACAGUAUCCGUCGAAUUCAUAAUCGUGUCUUCAAAUUCAGAUAACGGAGACGUAAGCACCGAAUUAACACCCGAGGAAGUGAAGGUCCUGGACGAUGCUGCCUCCGGAGUGCGAUUAGCCGCUCGCAUUGUCGACACGCCGUGUAACCAGAUGAACGUCGACCACUUCUUACAAGAGGUGCAAGAAGUAGGACGCGCACUUAAAAUCCAGCCGGUAAUAAUCAGAGGCGAAGAAUUGGCGGAACAAGGUUUCGGUGGCAUUUAUGGGGUCGGAAAAGCGGCCGUGGUGCCACCAGCUCUUGCCGUUCUCAGCCAUACCCCUCAAGGCGCCCACUCGACCAUAGCGUGGGUCGGAAAAGGCAUCGUUUACGACACGGGCGGUCUCAGCAUCAAGGGAAAGACGGCAAUGCCAGGAAUGAAGAGGGACUGUGGAGGCGCCGCGGGGAUCUUAGGGGCGUUUUAUGCAGCCGUUAAAGCAAACUUUACCCAGAAUUUGCAUGCAGUGUUUUGUUUGGCAGAGAAUGCGGUCGGUCCGAAUGCUACAAAACCCGACGAUAUACAUACUCUUUACUCAGGACGUACGGUCGAAAUAAAUAAUACUGAUGCAGAAGGACGUCUCGUCCUGUCUGAUGGCGUCUCCUACGCACAAAAAGAACUCAAAGCCAACGUAAUUCUAGACAUGGCGACUUUGACAGGAGCUCAGGGUGUCGCCACCGGAAAGUACCAUGCGGCACUAUUGACCAACAACGAGGACUGGGAAAAUAUAGUCAUGGAAGCUGGGUUAACUUCCGGAGAUUUGGUGUUUCCGAUACCGUAUUGCCCGGAACUGCACUUUUCUGAAUUUUCGUCCGCUGUAGCUGAUAUGAAGAACUCCGUCGCAGAUCGUAGCAACGCUCAAUCCAGCUGUGCCGGGUUGUUUAUCGGAGCACAUUUAGGGUUUGAUUAUCCUGGGAUUUGGGUACACGUUGACAUGGCAACACCAGUACAUAGCGGUGAAAGGGCAACUGGUUAUGGCGUAGCUCUCUUGACAACUCUAUUUGGCAAGUAUUGCAAACAGCCUCUGCUUAAAUCGAUUGCUCCCGACCUAGAUGUGAAAAACGAAAACGCUGCGAAGAAACAAAGAAAGGUUUAGUUUAAAAUGAUUUAUUAAUGUCUAUAAUAUAGUCAAUAAAACAUUUAUGGGUGAAUUUGUGUCAUAUAGUUUACAUUUAAGAUUUUCAUAAGGUGUGUAAUGAUUCAAAACUUAAGUUUCAAACCAUUUUGUAAAACACUAUAUAAAUAAAUUUUUAAAACUUA